GUAAAGAGGGAGGGGAGGAGGGGGAGUAAAGGGAACAGAGAGUAAAGAGGGAGGAGAGGUUUAUUCAGAGACAGAAGUUUGAGAUCUACGUUUCACACACACAGCCGGGAGAGAAGAUAUCACUCACAGACAAACAGAUACAAUGCUGCUCCAAGCGAGCGUGCUGAUUGGCCUGCUGUGCCUGAGCCAUACGGGCGGUGUCUUGGGUUUCGCCCGUCUGCAGGAUGAAGUGGAGCUGCGUUCGGCGUUCUCCGUCGCUCGCACCAACAGCAUGGAGGGCGGGCCCAAGAUGACAGUGACCUUUGACGCUGUGUAUGUCAACAUCGGUGGGGAUUUUGACCCCAAAGCUGGCAUGCUGCGCUGUCGUAUCCCCGGGGCCUACUACUUCUCCUUCACUGUGGGAAAGUUUCCACACAAAGACCUGUCAGUGAUGCUGAUGAAGAACAGGAACGAGGUGCAGGCCAUCGUGUACGAGGAAAACGCCGGAGAGGAGAGGAAGGUGCAGAGUCAGAGCGUGAUGCUGCAGCUCGACUUCGGCGACACCGUCUGGCUCCGCCUCCACGGUGACCCUCGCUACGCGCUCUACAGCAACACCGGACACUACACCACCUUCAACGGCUACCUCAUCUACCCUGAUACCUACGGCUACCAGACACACCACCACCAGCGACCUCCUGCCUCCAACUCCCAGCAGCCCCUGCAUGAGAACAACCCCCUGUCAGACGAUAACCAGGGCACAGAGCAUGACGUGUCUGCAACAAGAGGCACGCAGGAGGAGAGGGUGCAACAUACUGAGGAAGAGGAGGAUGAGGAUGAUGAGGAGGAGGAUGACCAGAGGUCUGCUUUCUCUGUUGGACGCACCCAAAGCAUUGUGGGAGUCAACCAGGUGGGCCUGCCGCAGCACCAGCCAGUCAGCUUCGACACCGCCUUUGUCAACAUCGGAGAGGACUUCAACGUGACCGAGGGUUUGUUCACCUGCCGCGUGCCCGGCGCCUACUACUUCUCCUUCAACGUGGGCAAGCUGCCGCAGAAGACGCUGUCCGUGAAGCUGAUGAAGAACCACCUGGAGGUGCAGGCGAUGAUCUACGACGACAGCGUGGGGGAGAAAGCUCUGCAGAGUCAGAGCCUGAUGCUGUCGCUGAAACCCGGAGACACGGUCUGGCUCUACUCGCACCAGAGAGACGGCUUCGGGGCCUACAGCAACCACGCCAAGUACAUCACCUUCACCGGCUUCCUGGUCUACCCAGACUUCCCCACAACCACAACCACCACCUCCACCAACACGGCCACCGGCAGCCAGUCAGAAAAGAAACCCUAGCUGCAGCACACAAUGAUACAGACUGAACAUUGUCAGAGGAAUUCAUGCAAAGUGGGAAAAGUCUCAGAGUCCAGAAAAGUGGCUGGGCAGAUUAUGAACUGUGUGUAAACACUCAUCAUGAAUGUUUUCUGUGAAGCUUCCUCUUCAUAUGAAUUCCUUUGCAAAGUCACAGAGACCUUGAACCUUGAGAGCAGAGCUUAAAUGAAAAUCUCUUCAUUUCCCAGGUAAUGGUUUCCCAGGAAAUAACUUCAUCACACUCAAAUGUGGACCCUGAAGGACCGCAAUCGUGAACUCUGAAAUGAAAAUUCAGUCCUUACCUGCUCUCCUCUGUGUCAGCGUAACUCUCAAUUAAGUGGGAAUGACCACCGCCGGAAAUGAUUCCAUCUAUUUUACAGCUCAAAGACUCCUCUCUGCCCAGUUUCAGUGCACCGUGAUUUAAGUGGACACGCAUCUUUUCAUCCUCUGAUGGAAGGAUGACGGAUCCAAAACUUACAGCCAACAACUCCCCUUUAAAGUGAAAACAAAGACUCAAUCCAGUCUAAUUAUCAGCCCUAAGAACAAAUUGAAUGCUGUUUUAUUGAACAGUAAGCCAGGAUUGUUAAAUUGGAGCCGUCUUGGCCCCAUUUUUGAGACGUUGUGGGGAAAGUUUCUAAGUGGGACAAAAAGUUUUGGAGUUGCUCCAGUAGAUUGCUUCAGCUGGUGAUUGCAAGACGUUCUGUUAUGACUACAAAAUAAUCCUCAGAGCAAAUUGGCCUGAUCGGCACGGCUGUGGCUCAGUUGGCAAAGUCGGUCAUCUCAACCAAAUGGUUUGGGGUUCAAUCCCCAGCUCCUGCAGCUACAUGUCCGAUGUGUCCUUGGGCAAGACACUUAACCCUGAAUUG